AUGUCAUUCGAUAUUAAAAGAUUAAAACAAAAAUCUGAAAAAUCUAUUGAACUAUUGAAUCAUUUAACUCAGAAGUCUGUAAAUCUGCUGGAUACAUCAGUUUCUCGGGAGUUCUAUCUACAGAAAAGAGACUUAGAUUAUAUUUCAAGUGAAAGAUCAUCGAUCAGUCUACCGUCAGUUAUAAAUAUUGACGAUUUUUCAAAACCUCAGUGGUAUUAUUUACUUGGAAAAAGUUCUUGUUAUCGUCGACAUAUGUCAGUUGUUCUAGCAGCAAGUUUGUCUAAGGGUAGUGAGUCAGAGAAGCUGUCAUUCCUUGCCUCAUCCAAUUCGCAUACGGAAUCACUGACAUCUGAAAUGAAUAAAGUUAUGAAUCCGUCUGCUAGUGUUUCGACAAUAUCUUCUUUACAUGGAUGCGAUAAUCGAGACUCUGGACUAUGUCAUUCAGGAGAUUUAAAGAGACUCCAGAUAACUAUCCCCAAGUCGGAUUCAGGUUAUGGUUUCACACUGACUGCUCAAAUGGCAGGAUUCAAUCUUCAGCAGUUUGCAAGUACACCACUAACAUCACCGACAACGAAUCAAACAACAUUGUUUAGUGAAAACAAUAACAGCCUACCAAUGCAGAGAUUAUUUCGUAUUCAUUCCGUAAGAAAAAAUUCACCAGCUGAUCUAGCUGGCUUACCAGUUGGUGCUUAUCUCCUGGGGAUUGGAAAUCAACCUUUGGAUUGUACAAUUACACUGAAAGAAGUUGUCAGAUGGAUGUAUGAAGCUGCAGAAAGUCAUCCAGAUAAAGCGGUAAUUCUAGACAUUGGAGUACCUAGUUGUCAAACAGAAUUACCAUCUCAGAAUAAUUCUAAGCUAAGAUUUAGUGAAAAAUUCAAAUUUAUGGUCUCUUCUGGUAGACACAAUCAAGUAAAGGAGAAACCAGAUAUGAAUAAUAACAAUAAUUAUAAUAAUACUUGUUUAAAUGACAACACGAACUCUGUCAACAGUCAUAACAACUCAUAUCCUUUAUCCAAUGGCCAGUGUACAACAGUUAAACAGUCAAUAACAGAAUCAGUCGAUACAGGAAAUACAUCCAGUAAUCCAUAUCUUCCUCGAACAGUUACUCCUGCCAGUACAGUUAUGCUAUGCGAAGAACGUUGUAUUGAUGAAGAUCUUAUGAAUGAUGAAACUAUCAGUAAUCUACAAAAUAGAAACGAAAGUAGCAGUUUGAGUAGACGCCGACGUAUGCUAACACUGGCGCCACCAAUACUCAAACUUAAAUGGCAAGAUGUUUGUUUGGAUGAAGCGAAUCGACAGUGGGCAGUUGAAAGAUUAUUAACUAAACUGACAAAUACAUCAAAUGACUUAAUGAAUGGCAUAAAAGCUUAUCGUACUGGUCUACAGAAUAUUGCCAACUUUCAUCCAGAUGAUUUAAAUGCAUUGUUUCAUAAUAUUGUUGAA